AUGGCGGCGAUGCUGGCGGGGCGGCGCGCGGGCGCCGCGCGGCUGCUGCGGGCUCUGACGUAUCCAAGCCGUGACUAUGCAUCGCAACAAACCUUAAAUGAAGUGGUGAUAGCAAGUGCUGUGAGGACACCAAUUGGAUCUUUCCAAGGAUCUCUUUCAUCACUGCCAGCCACUAAACUUGGUUCCAUUGCAAUUAAAGGCGCAAUCGACAGAGCAGGUGUCCCGGCGCAGGAGGUCAAGGAGGUCUACAUGGGCAACGUGCUGCAGGCGGGACAGGGCCAGGCGCCCGCCCGGCAGGCGCUCCUGGGUGCAGGUCUGCCAAUCUCUACUCCUGCUACUACUGUCAACAAGGUCUGUGCUUCUGGAAUGAAAUCCAUCAUGAUGGCAGCACAAAGUCUAAUGUGUGGCACGCAGGAUGUAAUGAUUGCUGGUGGAAUGGAGAGCAUGUCUAACGUACCCUAUACGAUGAGCAGAGGAACAACACCUUAUGGAGGACUAAAGCUGGAGGAUCUGAUAGUAAAAGAUGGGCUUACAGAUGUUUAUAACCAUAUCCAUAUGGGUAACUGUGCCGAGAACACCGCCAAGCAGCUGAGCAUCUCGCGGGAGGAGCAGGAUGCCUACGCCAUCGGCUCCUACACCAGGAGCAAGAGCGCCUGGGACUCGGGAAUCCUGCGCAACGAAAUCGUUCCCGUCACCAUUGCACAAAAAGGAAAGCCAGACACAGAAGUGAAAGAAGACGAAGAAUACAAACGUGUUGAUUUUAGUAAAGUUCCAAAGCUCAAGACUGUUUUCCAAAAAGAAAAUGGGACGGUCACGGCGGCCAACGCCAGCACCCUGAACGACGGGGCCGCCGCUGUGCUGCUCAUGACUGCCGAGGCCGCCAAGAGGCUCCAGGUCAAACCUCUGGCACGAAUAGUAGCUUUUGCAGAUGCUGCUGUGGCCCCUAUUGACUUCCCAAUCGCACCUGCUUACGCUGUUCCCAAGAUCCUGAGUGCAGCAGGACUUAAGAAGGAAGAUAUUGCCAUGUGGGAAAUCAAUGAGGCCUUCAGCGUGGUGGUGCUGGCCAACAUGAAGAUGCUGGGUAUCGAUCCACAAAAAGUGAAUAUUCAUGGCGGUGCUGUCUCUCUUGGACACCCUAUAGGCAUGUCGGGCGCCAGGAUCCUCGUGCACCUGGUGCACGCGCUGACCCAGGGGCAGUUCGGCCUGGCCGGGAUCUGCAACGGGGGCGGAGGAGCCUCCGCCGUCCUCAUCCAGAAGCUCUAACCCGGCGGCCGCCCGGCUCCGAAGGACCACCUGCCUCUGUUACGCCUUAUUUAUGAGGAAGGGGAGGAAUUCUUCACCUGCUACCACCUUCUUACAACAUCGUUUACUAUCCGUGUGGGCAACGGGGCUUUUUACUGUUUUAACCCAAUGUGUUUUUAUACAGGACAAAUGAAGAAUGUCAAAUUAUGGCAAUGUCAGCUCU